UUAACAUCUUAUCACAAUGUUUAAAAGUCUAAUCUUUCUAUUUCUGCGACGUUUUUCCUUUAAUAAUUCUUCCUCUAGUCGCAAAUAAAGUUGUAUUUGUUAAAUUUAUUUAUGAAAAUUCGUAAGUUCACUUCACUUUUUUGCAAGAGACUGUUUGCUGUUUAUUACAACCACUUAGGAAGAAGAAACAAAUGGAUGUAAAUUCACUAGAAGUAAAUGUCACAACACUAAUAAACUGGCAAGAUGCAUUGCAAAUACAAACUUCCACUCGACCUUCCGCUUCUGCCAUCGACUUGCCAGAAAACUUACUCAGAAACGGACAUUAUGACAAGUCACCGUUCCCGUUAGAUGAAAAAAUUAACCAAAAAAUAGCAUUCUGGGUUGGUAAUGUUUGGCUGCUGAACGCCGACGCAAUUGUCUGCUGCAACAAUGAAAAUUUCACUUCAAAAACAGAUUUAAUCACAAAACACACACUUAUAAGAGCUGGUAAAGAUUUAAUAGUGGAAUUACGACAAACUGUGAGAUACUGCAGAACAGGUGAGGCCAAAUUAACGUCUGGUUACUUGUUGCCUGCAUCUCACAUCAUCCACACAGUCAGUCCAAAGUAUAGUCACAAAUACACAACUGCUGCUGAGACGUCGCUUCACAAUGCAUACAAAAAUGUUCUGGUUCUUGCACGAGACAAUAACAUUCGGACAUUGGGGCUGAGGUGCAUUCAUUCAUCUGUCUGCAGGUACCCACCAUUCCUCGGGGCAAAUGUUGCCCUUCGAACUAUUCGUCGAUUUUUAGAGAAGUGGGGAGACAAGUUCGACAAGAUCGUGUUGGCAGUUUCAAACCACAACAAAGAGGCUUACAGUGCUUUGCUUCCUCUAUAUUUUCCAAGAAACAAUCAAGAAGAACUGGCUGCAAAGUAUCAACUGCCACAAAAUGUUGGCGACGUAGAUGGACAACUUUUUUUGGAAGAACGACAGAUUCGAAUCUCAGCCAAUCCCAUCUGCACAAAUUUAGUGAGGAAUAUAAAUGAAGCAGAGCUGUACAGCGAUGAAGAGGACAGGAGCAGUCAGGACAGAUCGAGUGGUGGCUUCAUAAGACAGCAGUUCAGAGGCAUAAAUGAAUCAUUCAUGAAAGCCAAAGAAAAUGUUGACAAGGAAAGAUUGAAGAGACUACAGACAGGUGGAAAUCAGAUGAUCUUAAAUAAGCAGCCAAUCAGGAAAGAAUUCUACAAACGUCUGCUAAUCAGAGCAAAGAAAGAGGAUUUCACUGAUUUUAUUAGAAGAAGGUUCAUAUAUCAGUCAGGAGUCGAUAGGGAGGGAAGAGCGGUUGUUGUUUUCCUCGUCCAGAGGUGGAGAGCCUUGAUUGAGGAUCAACUGAUGGGGCGUCAUCACACACGUCGCCGACAUAGCUUCGUCUACCAGAGCAUGCCUAAUCUUAAUGAUAAUCCUAAUCUCUCAAUCGCUUCCUUGACGUCGUCACUACCUCCUGAAAUUAGUGAGCUGCAUCGAUUAUUUUUCAUCAGUCAGUUGGACCCCAUAGUCGAUCGGCCGUACGUCUUCAUCUACGUCCAUUCGCUGUCCAACAAGGACGAUCUAUUACCUUCUAACAAGUGCAUGCAGGCCUUGCUGGGCAUGUUGCAUCCAAAGUACGUGACAAACCUGAAUGCCUUCUACAUCCUACAUAGCACGCUCAUCAACAAGAUUAAAAGUUUCUUCAAAUUUCCGUCGGAGCUCUACGAUAGGACGACGUUCGUGAAGGGGGUGGAGCAUUUGUAUUCACUGGUCAGUCCCGACCAAUUAGAACUGCCUGGGUUUGUCCUUGCACAUGAUCUGGACCUUUACGGAGUUAGAUAUUACGAACCAGACUCUAGAAACUUCCUGAGGAUUUGAAAUAUAUCCAGAAGACAAGUCAAAAAAAUUGAAAUUUUGAAUGGAUUAAAAGACUAAGUGCCUAUUUACUAUCAUUAUAAACAUCACUUACUACUAUUAUUACUACUACUACUGUUGUCGCUCUACUGCCACUACAAUUAUUAUUACCACAGCUGCCACCGCUGCUAAUACUUUAAUGUUUUACUGUUACCAAAGUAGUAACUUUAUAAAAAAAAAUCUAUUACUACUGUAUAUCUCUUUAAUUAUGUUAACAUUUAAAAAGAAAUCUCUCCCGAAUUGAAUUUCAAUGUCUUAAAACGUAUUACAUUAUAUAUUUUGCUUAGUUUUGAAGAAUUUUUUUUAAUGUGUUUCUGUGUUUUUCAAUUAGUUUUUCCAUUUUUCUCCGACACAAACAUUGUUUUGCAAUGGCAUUUUUUAAAUUAAUGUUUGGAUGCAUCUCUAGUUUUGUUGAAUUCUUGUUUCUACUACAAUUAAUUUAUUGUCUUGUGUGUACAUAAUCAUUAUUUUGUGACUAAAGAACAGUUAAAUAUCUAUGAACAGUUCGUCUCUCUCACUAUUACAUAGUCUUUUGUUGCAAUUUCGUGAAUAAACUCAACGUUUUUUGAAUUUUUUCAACAUAAUAAUGACAACGAAAUGAAAAUAAAUUAUAAAUUAAUUUAAUGUAAAA